CCGUCCAUCUCUUUUCCUCCUGAGUAAUUCUCUCCCCACUUUUCCAUCUUCCCCCUUCUUGCGUGCGCGGUGCACCCCCACCCACCAAACCCUAGAAAACCAGAGCACCAAGGGAAGCAGGCCCAAAAGGGGGAAGAAAGUCUCAGCGUCCCAGCAAUCUAAUUGCUUCCACCAGAUUAUCAGGGAGAUAAUUUUUGAUAUGGGUAUUGGCCAAAACUUCAAGGGAUCCAUCACCAAGAUCUCCUCCUCCCCUCCAGUAACCACCUCCACAUCCCUCACCCACACCGUCAAUGGCUCUCACCACUUCAAGAUCAAUGGUUACUCUUUGUCGAAGGGCAUGGGGGUCGGCAAAUACAUAGCCUCCGACACGUUUAUGGUUGGUGGGUAUUCAUGGGCGAUCUACUUUUACCCGGACGGAAAGAGUCCCGAGGACAAUUCGGCGUACGUUUCCCUCUUCAUUGCCCUCGCCAGCGAAGGGACCGACGUCCGGGCGCUGUUCGAAUUAACCCUUUUGGAUCAGAGCGGGAAGGACAAGCACAAGGUUCAUAGCCACUUCGGAAGGACGCUGGAAAGCGGACCGUACACACUUAAAUACCGCGGAAGCAUGUGGGGCUACAAGCGUUUCUUUAAGAGAUCUAUUUUAGAAGUGUCGGACUAUCUUAAAGAUGAUUGCCUUUCAGUUCACUGUAGCGUUGGUGUUGUACGAUCACACACUGAGGGACCAAAGAUUUGUACUAUUCCUGUGCCACCCUCUGACAUCGGUCAACAUUUUGGGCAGCUGUUAGAAAGUGGAAAGGGGUCAGAUGUGAGCUUCAUAGUUGAUGGGGAGAUAUUUGCGGCCCACAAAUUGGUCCUUGCUGCUCGUUCACCUGUAUUCCGGGCCCAGCUUUUUGGACCAAUGAAAGAUCAAAAGACACAUAAUAUAGAGGUUGAAGACAUGCAAUCACCAGUUUUCAAGGCUUUGCUCCAUUUUCUGUACUGGGAUUCGCUUCCUGAUAUGCAAGAACUUGCGGGUAUAGAGUCAAAGAGUGCCUCUACUCUAAUGGCACAACAUCUGCUAGCUGCUGCUGAUCGAUAUGGCAUAGAGAGACUAAGGAUGCUUUGUGAAGUGAUGCUUUGUGAAGAAGUUAGUAUAAAUACAGUCGCGACGACGUUAGCCCUUGCAGAGCAGCACAACUGUGUUCAACUUAAAACAGUUUGUCUGAAAUUUAUUGCGAUGCCCACAAACCUGAGAGCUGUUAUGCAGACUGAAGGGUAUGAGUAUUUGAGGGAGAGUUGCCCGUCCGUCUUGACUGAGCUCUUGGAGUAUGUUGCAAAGAUUGGCGAGCACUCCAUCAUCAGCUGUAGGCAUGCAAGUGAAGCAUUAGAUGGUAGUGACAACAAUGGGAGACGGGUGAAGCAACGAACAUAGCUGUGUUGGACAACAUCCGCAUUCCGUUUCCUCAUGAUAUGCUUGAGUGAUGAGUCCACUGUGGCGUUUCCUGCUGGGUCUUCUGCAUUGGUGCUAAGUAAGAGCUCGCAGAUGCAGCCAUUUGAGCUAUUGAAAUGUAAACAAGGCGUACCAAUUCUAGCGUUUCCUGCUGGGCCUUCUGCAUUGGUGCUAAGUAAGGGCUUGAAGAUGCAGCCAUUUGAGCGAUUGAAAUAAAACAUAUACUUAAAGAAGAGGGGACGGUGCCGUUUGUUUAAAAUGAUGCCGUCUCUUGUAUUUGUUUCUGCAUCGUUGUUUGUUUAUCUUUCGAGGCACUUCUCGGGCUUCAUACUGUUGAUUCUCAUGUCCAGCGAAUGGUGCGUGCCAAUCUUCGGAUCUGAGAAUUCUGUGUUUUCUCCAACACGUUGGGCAUUUAAGGGCCAAUUUAUAUCUUAGAUCAUUUAGAAGAAAAGAAAAAACAUAAGACUCCUUGAUUUGUA